AUGGAAAUCCCGAGGCUGCUCCAGGCUCGCGGGCCACCCCAGAGCGGAGGCGGCGGCGGCGGCUGCUGCCCGGCGGCCGGCGGCGGGGUCCACCGAGGCCCGGGCUCUGUGGCUUGUCAGGUCCCCGCGCGCCGCCUCCUGCUGCUCCGGGGGGCCCAAGAUGGCGGGCCCGGGCCGCGGAGCGAGGAGGCCCACAGGGCCGCACGGGGCCCGGGCCCGAGCCCGGGUCCCAGCCCGUUGGCGCCGAGGCCGGAUCACCCGAGCGGCGGCGGCGGCGACGACUUCUUCCUGUUGCUGCUCGACCCGGUGGGUGACGAGGUGGAAACGGCGGGCGCGGAUCCGGCCGGAGGGCCCGUGUGGAGGGAGGAGGCCGAGGCGGGCCUGGGGCCCGAGGGGAGCGAGAGCCGUGCUCAGCCCGCGGGCCGCCCGGCGCCGGGCCCCCGCUGCCCGCCCGUGGUCUCGGCCCCGGUGCCGGUGCCGGUGCCGGUGCCGGCCCCAGGCCCGGGCUCGGGCCCAGCGACGGCCUUCGCGGGCACCAUCACCAUCCACAACCAGGACCUGCUGCUGCGCUUUGAGAACGGCGUCCUCACCCUGACCACGCCCCCGCUGCCCGCCUGGGAGCCUGGGGUCGCGCCUGGCCCGCAGGCCGGGGGUCUCCUGGCCCCGCAGGCGCAGGCCGGGUUUCCGGCCGCCUCGCAGCUGGGCGACUGCCCCGAGCUGCCGCCGGACCUCCUGCUGGCAGAGCCCGCGGAGCCCGCGGCCGGCCCGGCGCCCGCGGAGGAGGCGGAAGGCCGGGCCGCCGCCCAGAGCCCCCGCGGGCCGCUCGUCCCGGGCCCGGGCGUGGUGCUCUACCUGUGCCCGGAGGCGCAGUGCGGACAGACCUUCGCCAAGAAGCACCAGCUGAAGGUGCACCUGCUGACGCACAGCAGCAGCCAGGGCCAGCGGCCCUUCAAGUGCCCCCUGAGCGGCUGCGGCUGGACCUUCACCACGUCGUACAAGCUCAAGAGGCACCUGCAGUCUCACGACAAGCUGCGGCCCUUCGGCUGCCCGGCCGAGGGCUGUGGCAAGAGCUUCACCACCGUGUACAACCUCAAGGCGCACAUGAAGGGCCAUGAGCAGGAGAACUCCUUCAAGUGCGAGGUGUGCGAGGACAGCUUCCCCACGCAGGCCAAGCUGAGCACCCACCAGCGCAGCCACUUUGAGCCCGAGAGGCCUUACCAGUGUGCUUUCUCCGGCUGCAAGAAGACCUUCAUCACGGUCAGUGCCCUCUUCUCCCACAACCGUGCCCAUUUCAGGGAGCAGGAGCUCUUCGCCUGCUCCUUCCCUGGCUGCAGCAAACAGUACGACAAGGCUUGUAGGCUCAAGAUCCACCUGCGCAGCCACACUGGCGAGAGACCCUUCCUGUGUGACUUCGACGGCUGUGGCUGGAACUUUACCAGCAUGUCCAAGCUCCUGAGGCACAAAAGGAAGCAUGAUGACGACCGCAGGUUCAUAUGUCCCGUAGAAGGCUGCGGCAAGUCUUUCACGAGGGCUGAACAUCUGAAAGGGCACAGCAUAACCCACCUGGGCACAAAACCUUUCGUGUGUCCCGUCGAAGGCUGCUGCGCCAGGUUCUCUGCUCGGAGUAGCCUCUACAUUCACUCCAAGAAGCACCUGCAGGACGUGGACACUUGGAAAAGCCGCUGCCCCGUUUCCACCUGCAACAAACUCUUCACGUCCAAGCACAGCAUGAAGACCCACAUGGCCAAAAGGCACCACCUCGGCCAGGAUCUCUUGGCCCAGCUAGAAGCUGCGAAUUCUCUCACGCCCAGCAGCGAGCUUACCAGUCAGGGACACAGCGACCUCAGUGGCGCAGAGAUGGUGUCUCUCUUCUCCGAUGUGCCUGGCGGUGGUUCUGCCGCAGUGCUGGACACGGCGCUGGUUAAUUCUGGAAUCUUGACCAUUGACGUGGCAUCUGUGAACUCGACCCUGGCAGGGAGUCUCCCUGCUGACCAUAAUCAUUCCUUGGGGCAGGCUGUGGAUGCGCGGGCCUUGAGGGCCACCAGUGACCUUCCUCAGAGCCUGGAUACCUCUCUCUUUUUCGGAACCACGGCCACUGGUUUUCAGCAGAGCCCCUUAGAUAUGGAUGAUGUCGCCGGUGGGGGUGUGGGGCUCUUUGGCUCUUUGGCCAUGAAAAACUCGAAUCCAGAGCCCCAGGCCUUGACACCCAGCAAUAAGUUGACAGUGGACACUGAGGCCCUGACUCCCUCCAGCACCCUCUGUGAAAACAGUGUCUCCGAACUACUGACGCCAGCCAAAGCAGAUUGGAACUUACAGCCUGACUCUGACUUCUUUGGGCAGGAGGAGGAAACCCACUUUGGAUUCUCCAACCCAGCAGGGCACCAUUGUUCUCACAAAGAAACAGACCUUAUCACAGUGACUGGAGGCUCGUUUUUGGUAUGAACCAAAACUCUACUUGUCCCUUGCCGUGUGGCUCGCUUUUAUUACACUCAGUUUGGAGGGUAUUCUUCCGCAUUGAAGGCUUACAGGCACUCAUUGCUUCCUGGUGUGCAAAAGAACACAUCCCUGGACUGCCAAGGUUGGAGAGAGAUGUCAGUGCCCAUCUUGAGUCUGGAACUGACAAGUUCUGGGACCCUGAGCAAGUCCUUUAACCUAACUGAGCCUUAAUUUUCUUACUUACAGAAAGGAGGUGGUUUGAAUUGAUUGCUUCUCUGAUAAUUUCACCUCUAUUUUUAUGAUUUUUCUGCUCCUUUUGGAAAACUGUAGGGUAUUUUACAAUGAUUGUAUAUGCUUAUAUAUAUAAGAAAAGGACAUUGCCCCUUUUGAACAUUAUAAAAGGGAGGAACUGGUGUUUAAAUUUUUUUAUGGUAAAUUUCCAUAGUUCUCUGGUAUUAAUUAUUAGUACAGUACAAAACCGAUAAAAUGUGAGUUGUUUUUAUCUUUUCAGAACUCUAGUGUCAUUUUUCCUUCUAUUGCUUCUCUUUCCUCUCCCUCUGCUCUCCUCCUUUGUUGUUUCUUUUUCACGGCUUUGAUAUAAUACAAAAACUGAAAUAUUGUUUUCUUCCCGAUUUAAUAAGUGGCCUUAUCUACUUAGUCUUGCAGAGCCUUACUUUCCUAGUUUUAAAAUAGUCAAAGAAGUGUACAUUCUCCUGGUACACAUUAAACCUUUUCUAUGGUAGUAAUUGGUAUUGAAAGUAAAAUCUUAUAUUUUGGCUUUGGUGAAUCUAUUAUGUUUCUGGUCCCCAUAGCUCCCUUCUCAAAGUGAAGUUUCCAAAAUGUAAUAUACUUUUGCAGGCAAUGAAGUUUAUGAUGGUUCAGAAGCAUAGAUGAGAAUUUAUUUCUUCCAUAAAUUAUGAAUGCAUUUCUUUCUAUAUGUUUCUUAUGUAAUACUGCCCGCAGUUCCAUUAGUCACAUUUGCUAGUGCCUGCUCUGGGUUCACAGCCAGCUCUUUGCCUGACUGUAUAGUCUACUGUUCCAAUAAAGUCUGGGAAUGGGCCUGAGGGAAAUUUUUUCUCCUUUGCCCUGGAGACAACAUUGCUUGCCCUCUCUGUAAUGAGAGCUUUGGUCUGCCCUAUGUUGAAAUAUUAUUAAUAUUAACAUGAACAGUAAAAAUUUAUAUAGAACUGGCUCAAUUACUGUAUUUCAUCCUCACAAUCCUGUUUUUAUGACAAAGUCUGAACUUCAACUGACAUUAAAAUUUAACUGAUACCACAAAUGAAUUUAAUUUAGUAAAUAUUAAUAUAUAUGCAUACAUAUUGCAAAAUAAGGAGGAAAUAUUUCUACCUCUUCUAUUCCAUUUUUCUGAAUUUCAUGAUCAUUUUGUUUAUGAAUAUUUGAUCUGUUCUACCCAAAUCUGUACCUGUUGCAUUCUGUCUGUCCUGGUUCCCCUUUACUCUAUUCCUUUGUAUAUGUACCUCAGUCCUUGCAACCUCUCUGUUUUAUUUAUUAUUUUAAUUAGAUAGAUCUCUUUUGUGGUUACCAUUUCUCAAGUCAUUUUCUGCAUGGUCCAUUCUUUAGUCAGUAUUUACUACAGUCAGUGCAUUCACUGAGAAAUUAUUUUCUGGAUUCAGAUGUAGUGUUUACAAGAAUCAAAUGAUGAGGGGGUUAUUUUGUAUAAGUUCUGGUGGCAAGUGUUUCUACUUUUCAAAAUUUCUUUCACUAUGUAGUUCAGCUAGCAGAUACUAUUAGUUGUUUUAAAACAUUCAAAUUCAGUACUGUGUGCAUGUAGAUACUUGAGGAUAAUAAUUGUCAUAGUACUCUGACAGUAUACUUUAUAAUUUGCCACUUUGAAAUGCAUCUGUACUAUCUUUAUAAUUUUUAAUUGGUUGUACUUAUUCAGUAAAAAGGUGAAAAUAUACAUAAAUUUGUAAUUCAAAGAAGUAGUCAAAAUUUUAUUGUGUCCAAGCAUUUAAGAGGUAACAGCACUUUGGAAAAAAAAUUUAAGCCUGUUUUAGAAAUGCAUGUCCACUAGAAAAAAAUAAUAAUUUCUUGUAAUCUCCUUUUCCCAAUAAAAUGACUGCAGAGGCCUGACAUAA